AUGGAGGAAGAAGAUGAUGAUGAGGCUUGUUUAUUUGCCAUGCUGGCCAGUGCUUCUGUACUUCCAAUGGGGCUUAAAACCGCCAUUGAACUUGACCUUCUAGAGAUCAAGAAAAAAACAAGCCCUGGUGCGUUUAUUUCUGCUUCAGAACUAGCCAAACAGCUCCCAACAAAGAAUCCUGAUGCGGCUUCCAUGGUUGUCAGGAUUCUCCGCCUGCUUGCUUGGUGUUCAAUUGUGAAUUGCAGUGUCGAAACCCCGGCAGAUGGUGGUGGCGCCGCCGUGGAGAGGGUUCGUACUCUUGCGCCUGUGUGUAAAUUUUGA